UUGGGCUUCGGCCAUGUAUUUGGGCUUGGCCCUUCUUCAUCAAUAUUAAAAACAUUGACGGGAAAAAAAAAAAAAUGAUCCAGAGACAAACAAUUGAUACCAUCCAUACCCUUUUGUUAAUUCAACAUCAAAAUAACACGUUCUGAUUAAUUCUCUUUGGGCCGUCAUACAAAGUUCAAAUCGACCCACUAACAUAUCAGGCCCACUAAGUUACUCCACUACCGAACCGAACCAAACCGCUAGGCUAACUGUCAAUUUCGGAUUCUGUGGAGACCUAAACCCACCGGCGGGAAUCACAAUUUCAGGGCUCCGACCAAAGUCUCAGAAGGCAGACAUGGCUGAGUCUCUGUCGGGUCCGAAUGUUUUCAGCUUAAGGAUUGUUUCGAUCGACUAUUACAUGGCUUCUCCCAUCCCUGCCUAUGAUCUUUGCUACAGCAGCUUCCAAGGUGGCGAAGUAAAGGAAGUCCCUGUCAUAAGGGUUUAUGGUUCCACACCUUCUGGUCAGAAGACUUGCCUGCACAUUCAUCGUGCAUUACCAUAUCUCUAUAUCCCAUGCUCGGAUAUUCCACUUGAUCAGCAUAACGGAGUUGAUGGAAUCAUACCUGCUGUAUCACUUGAGUUGGAGAAGGCUCUAAAGCUUAAGGGCAGUGCUGCUUCAAAAAGGCAACAUGUUCAUGAUUGUGAGAUUGUUAGAGCUAAGAAGUUUUAUGGGUACCACUCAACAGAGGAGGCGUUUGUGAAGAUUUAUCUCUACCAUCCACAAGAUGUGUCUCGUGCUGCCAGUCUUCUUCUGGCAGGUGCUGUUCUUGGUAGAAGUUUGCAACCGUACGAGUCUCAUAUUCCUUUUAUUCUCCAGUUUCUGGUUGACUAUAACUUGUAUGGAAUGGGUCAUGUGCAUAUAUCAAAGAUGAAGUUCCGUAGCCCAGUGCCUCACCAUUUCCGUCCAAGGAAAUUUGAUUUGGAUGAUUGUGUGGGACAAGGGAUUGACGAACUGGCUAGUACAAUGCAGGCAGAUUCUAGUGCUGCUGCAAACGUCAGUUUCCCUGUUUGGAGCUUGUCAACAAUCCCAGGUCAAUGGAUGUGGAAUCUCUCUGAAGAAUCUGAUACACCGUUGAGCCAGAAUAGUCACCAAUACAGACGCCAGAGUCUCUGUGAACUUGAGGGAGAUGCUACUAUUACUGAUAUUCUCAAUCAACAGUUUAAAAUGUACAACUCCCUCUCACAAGCACAGUCAGAUACUAAGAUGGUUCAGUCACUUGUGGCAAUUUGGGAGGAGGAGUAUGAAAGGACUGGCGUGUAUGAUGCACCUAUACAUCCUGAUCCUGGCAAACCCUCUGCAGCUGAUGUGCUUAAGACUAUGUCACAUUAUAUUGGGUUUGAGAAUAUGCUAAAAGAAAUGUAUCACGAAGUUGGCAUGCCUUCGCCUGAUACGAAGCCUGCUGCAGUGUCUUCAGACGUUUCAGAGAUGCAUGCCAAACCUGAAACUACGGAUCCACAAGCUUUGAGCCAUAUGGUUGGUACACGGAGUGAGAUUCCUGCAUCAGAAAAGCUUUCUCCACUUGAUGAGAGUGGAGAAGCAUCACUGGAAAAUGAUGUGUAUAUGAAAACACCCACGGACAUAGAUAUACAUGCUGAAAUACAAGAUGCUGAAGCGUUGGGUCUCUUUAAGUGGUUUGCCUCAUCCCAGGCUGCAGAGGACAUAAACUCCGAUGAUGAAAUUCUUCGGGAAACAAUCCUUAGCCCUCUGGUUCCUUUAGCGUCUAUGAACAAGGUUCUUGAAAUGGCUAGUACAGAUUAUCUGAGCCAAUCCCAAAAGGAAUGUCAAGACAUUCUUGAUUCUCAGGAGGAUCAAAUUGACUUGGGGAGUUCGACGAAACCUGUACCUUCAUUAGACAAACAAUCUAUUGACACGGAAGUCUCUAGUGAUGUUCCCAAUAUCUCAACUUCAGAUGCAUCAUACGAAAAUUCAUUCCAGCGAUACAGAAAGAGUGAGUUACAUACGAACGUCUCUAGGAGUAGCAAGUCUAUCAAGUCUGUAUGGGGGCCUUUACCUUUAUCCUUGACUAAAAAUCUUCAGAAGGACUUUGACAGUACAAAUGCUAGCGAUAAGCUUGGUUUACCAAAGAUUAGUUCCGACGCCACGAAUGAGAUGAAGGACAAUUUUGAUGUUCCAGUCAAAGAACAUCAAGCGGAUGUUUGUAACACGAUUGACGGAAGCGUUUUGGCUGGAUAUUCGCUGCGGGACUUGAUGAGGAAAAAACGAUUAGCCCUUGGGGACUCGCCUGGUUCACAACAUAAGAAGUUUAAAAAGGUUCUACCACUGACUACAGUGACUCGAGACUCUGGGGAUGGGAAGAAAAAGGAGUGCAAUGCUACUCUUUCUGCAGAAGUUAGUGAUGCAGGAAAUUGUGAGUUUAAUAUAUCCACUCAGUCAUCUGAACUUCAUUCUGCUGAUAGAUGUUCGGCUAAAGAGACAGCAGCUGAAGACAGUGAUGAAGCGUGGAGGAAAUUUUCAUCUGCCAGUGCUCCACUUUGUAAAGAAUCACAAACUGUGGAAUCAGGAAUAUUGGUGUCUAGCAAUAAACUUGUGGGGAAUGAUAUAAAUAAUGUCCAAAAAUCUGGGGAUGAGCAAGAGUUAACUGCCAAUGUAGCUGUUGAGACAGGAAGAUUAAUAUGCCUAACCUUAAGCAAGAAGCCUCCUUCACUCGAUUGCCUAAGUGCUGGACUGCAGGAUUCUUCACGUGAUGGAUAUGAGGGGAGUUCCAAAGAGAUCCCAUUUUUUUCCAAGGAGGACACUGAAGUCAACGAAAAGAAACACCUUUCCAAAGGAGCUUCCCUUGGUAUUCCCAUGCAUCAUCUGAAUGACGGCUCAAACCUUUACCUACUGACCCCUGCCUUUUCACCCCCUCCUUUGGAUUCUGUUUCACAAUGGAUAUCGAAUAACAAAGGUCCAGUGGACUCUAAUAUUGUUUCAGAAAAACAACCGUUAGGAGAUGAUCAUGUAAUGUCUGUGUCUGAGCACGUGGAGCAGCAUGAUAACGUUUUUGUGAAUUCAGAAUCAAAUGCUUAUACGGAGUCUGAGAUAGAUCUGAAAAGCAAAGGAAAGAGUCCUAACCUUAAUUUGCAGACCACGGUUUCACAAGAGAUGUCUCAGCUCUCAGGUCCUGAUGGGAAAUCAGGGGCCACUCCCUUAAGUCAAAUUGGAUUCCGAGAUCCUGCGAGCAUGGGCGCUGGGCAACAGCUUACAGUGCUGAGUAUAGAGGUUCAUGCAGAGUCUAGAGGGGACCUUCGACCUGAUCCACGAUUUGACUCUGUCAAUGUCAUAGCUCUUGUCGUGCAGAAUGAUGAUAGUUUUGCAGCUGAAGUGUUCGUACUUUUGUUUAGUCCAGAUAUCAUUUCUCAGAGAAAUGUUGAUGGCCUAUCUGGAUGCAAGUUGCGUGUCUUUCUUGAAGAGAGGCAACUUUUCAGUUAUUUUAUUGAGACUGUAUGUAAAUGGGAUCCGGACAUUUUUGUGGGCUGGGAUAUACAGGGUGGAUCCCUUGGUUUUCUAGCUGAAAGGGCUGCACAGCUUGGUAUAAGAUUCCUCAAUAACAUAUCCAGGACACCAUCUCCAACCACGAAAAAUGAUUCAGAUAAUAGUCUGCAGCCAGAUCCGUUGGUAGCCGGUCCUGAUCAAGUGGAAGAAGUGGUGAUUGAGGACGAGUGGGGCCGCACACAUGCUAGUGGCGUUCAUGUUGGAGGUAGAAUUGUUCUCAACGCGUGGCGUUUGAUCCGUGGGGAAGUGAAACUCAACAUGUACACUAUCGAAGCUGUUUCUGAAGCUGUUUUGAGGCGGAAGAUUCCGUCGAUCCCGUAUGAAGUAUUGACACAGUGGUUCUCAAGCGGUCCUGCAGGUGCAAGAUACCGAUGCAUAGAGUAUGUGAUACGCAGAGCAAAUUUGACCCUUGAGAUAAUGAGCCAACUAGACAUGAUAAAUCGCACCUCAGAGCUUGCUCGUGUUUUUGGCAUCGACUUUUUCUCAGUUCUCUCACGAGGUUCCCAGUACAGAGUUGAAUCCAUGCUUCUGAGAUUAGCACAUACACAAAACUAUCUUGCUAUUUCUCCAGGAAACCAACAGGUUGCUUCUCAGCCAGCUAUGCAGUGCGUACCUCUUGUGAUGGAACCAGAAUCUGCCUUCUACGAUGAUCCUGUUAUUGUGUUGGACUUUCAAUCACUUUACCCUUCUAUGAUUAUAGCGUAUAACCUGUGCUUUUGUACAUGCCUCGGAAAACUUGCACAUUUGAAGAUGAACACCCUUGGGGUCAGCUCAUACUCUCUAGACCUUGAUGUUCUUCAGGAUUUUAAUCAGAUCCUGCAGACCCCAAACGGUGUUAUGUACGAGCCACCAGAGGUGCGCAGAGGAAUAUUACCAAGGCUGCUGGAGGAAAUUCUAUCUACAAGAAUAAUGGUGAAAAAAGCAAUGAAAAAAUUGACUCCUUCAGAAGCAGUUCUUGGUCGGAUAUUUAAUGCGAGACAGCUUGCUUUAAAGCUGAUAGCAAAUGUGACAUAUGGCUAUACAGCUGCUGGCUUCAGUGGUCGAAUGCCUUGUGCGGAGCUGGCAGAUAGUAUCGUCCAGUGUGGUCGCAGCACACUUGAGAAGGCUAUUUCCUUCGUCAAUGCCAAUGAGAAUUGGAACGCUAGAGUUGUAUAUGGCGACACAGAUAGUAUGUUUGUUCUCCUCAAAGGACGAACUGUCAAAGAAGCUUUUGAAAUCGGACAAGAGAUUGCAUCUGGAAUCACCGAAAUGAAUCCAUACCCAGUCACUCUAAAGAUGGAGAAAGUCUAUCAACCUUGUUUCCUUCUCACGAAGAAGCGCUAUGUUGGGUACAGUUACGAAAGUCCCGAUCAGGACAAGCCUACGUUUGAUGCAAAAGGUAUUGAAACCGUUCGAAGAGACACAUGUGAAGCUGUUGCAAAAACUAUGGAGCAGUCAUUGCGACUCUUCUUUGAAAAGAAGAACAUCUCUAUGGUUAAGUCCUACUUGUAUAGACAGUGGAAACGGAUACUACAAGGGAGAGUGUCUCUUCAAGAUUUUGUCUUUGCGAAAGAAGUUCGGUUGGGGACUUAUAGCACAAGAGACUCUUCACUCCUUCCCCCAGCAGCUAUUGUGGCAACCAAAGCAAUGAGAGCAGACCCUCGGACAGAGCCACGGUACGCCGAACGAGUACCUUAUGUUGUGAUCCAUGGGGAGCCAGGAGCUAGACUUGUCGAUAUGGUGGUGGACCCGCUGGUUCUUUUGGACAUAGAUUCGCCUUACCGGUUGAAUGAUUUGUACUACAUCAACAAACAGAUUAUACCAGCUUUGCAAAGAGUCUUUGGACUUGUGGGUGUGGAUUUGAACCAGUGGUUUUUGGAGAUGCCACGUCCCACCAGAAGCUCCCUUGGACAACGUCCCUUGAACUCUAGAAACUCGCACAAAGCUAGGAUUGAUUAUUUUUAUCUCUCGAAACAUUGCCUUUUGUGUGGGGAAGUUGUUCAGGACUCUGCUCAGUUAUGCAACCGGUGCCUAAACAAUGGUGGUGCUGCUGCAACUAUUGUUUGGAAGACUUCGAAAUUGGAGAGAGAGAUGCAACACUUAGCCACGAUAUGUAGACACUGUGGUGGGGGAGACUGGGUGGUGCAGUGCGGAGUGAAAUGCAAUUCCCUAGCGUGUUCAGUCUUUUACGAGAGACGGAAAGUUCAGAAGGAGCUUCGUGGCCUCUCCUCCAUUGCUACUGAGAGUGAGCUUUACCCUAAAUGCAUGGCUGAGUGGUUUUGACCUCUUGUCACCUCGAAAGUUGAUUGCUUAUGUAUUAUAUGUUGUGAUCGAUCGAAGUAUUUUCGUCAAGGACUUGUGGACAUGGAUGUAAAGAUAGGAGUACAGUGAGCAACGUAAAUCUCUGUGUAAUGUAGAUCUCUGUGUUGUUGUGUAAGUCCCGAGUAUAUAAGCAAAUCUUUUCUAAAAAAUGAAUUUCUUUCUUUUUUAGGCAGAACAAUUAUAGUGUAUGUUUAUAGAAGUCCAAUGCUUUUUAUUACUUGUAUAGCAGAGGUUCGAACCUGCAGAUAUAUGAACCAAUACUGUAAUGAGCUUUGAUAAUUAGAGGAUGAAACUAAUAUGACAAUAAACCUUCAGAUAUUGAAAUCUA